AUGAUGUUCGCCGUUGCGCUGAUCCCAUUCUCUUAUGGCGGCGUUAUGUUCGCCGCCUUCAUAUUCCUUGUAUUCAUGGGAAAGUCGAUGAGCCUGAGCAGCAUUCCGGAACGACCAAAGUUUUACUAUGCCAGAAAACUGAAGAACAAGAUGCGCGAUCUUGUUGAACUUAUACCGAUGUUGAACGAGUCGUACAUUCCGCCUCUGCUAUGGGGUCGCAGCGGGCAUCUGCAGACGUUUUUUUACGGCGUGCUCAACAGGGCAGACCAUUUGAAUCUUCCCAGCCAGCGUCACUAUAUCCAUCUCGACGAUGGGGCGACGGUCAGCUUUGACGUUUUUGAACCUACCGAACCAUCGGAUCAAGGUAUGGAGUCAUGUUUUUCGACUUAAAU